AUGAGAUUGAUACUGAUUCUGGUUGUUAUUGGCGUUCAGAGUGUGCCUUUUGGCGUUACUGCGAGCGCCGAGAGGAUAUUCGAGCUCGCCAUCGGUUUGCCGUCUGAAUCUGCUGACAAUACCACGUCAGCGAGUGACAUCCGGGAGGCUUUGGAGAGAGCACUAGAAGAUGUAAACGCUCGUCGCGGACACUCUGGCGUUCGUCUUCACAGUAACUUUACUCUGACUGCUUGCAUUCUCGAAAACGUGGAUUCUCCGGCGCAGGCAUUCGGUGCGCUAUUUUCUUGUCUAACGACUGGCUCGCCGAAAUCGUCGAUUGCAGCCAUUGCGCCCUUCUACCCCAGCCACGUUCCAGCGCUAGCCGCUACUACAACCAACGACAUUCCAUUGGUGUCUCCUGUUUUGUCGCGCGCCAAUGUGAGUGACUAUCUGUUUCAAUCAACGGAGCAUUUCGUCAGCAUGUUUUAUCACAAUCUGUUUCGAGGCUUUGAACUUGUUGAUGGCAGCAUACUCGACCGUUACAAGUGGAAGGAUCUGGCUAUUUUGGUCUCCAACACUUCUGAAGCUACUGAAGCGGUCUUACAGCUACAGAAUUUUAACGGCUUGAUUAACUAUACUAUUGUCAAGGAAGAAAUUGUUGCUCCAGUUUCGGAUAAGAAUGCUACGUUUAGCAGUUCGAUAAAGAGGGCAAUUGAUGGCAUAAAAGACAGCGGAGUGACAAUUAUUAUUACGUCACUUGAGGCUCGUGUUGAGGUGUAUCAUGCAGUAUUCUCAGAAGCGAACAGGCAGGGAAUAGUGGGGGAAGAUUACGCGUGGAUUUGUCUCUCACUUCCUAGCCAGAGUGUCUUUGAGAGCUCACCGCUUUACCGUGAUACUGUACCUCAUAUGGAAGGUGUGCUGGGAACUCAAGUCAACAUGACAGCAGAUGAGACCUCGUGGAACGUGAGUCAAGCUAUACUGAAAAACCCGCUGCUGGCCAAUACGUACGAUUCAGUGUGGAGCGUUGCUUUAGCUAUCGACGCCAGUCUUCGCCAAAAUGUUACUCUAAAUUUCAGCAAACCAGAUAAUUUUAGUUUCAGCUAUCUGCUAGAGAGCAAAAUGCUACUAUACCAACUUAAAUCGGUGCGCUUUGUGGGUGUUUCUGGUCACGUGGCUUUUCAAAAUGAUGGAACACGGGAACCAAGGUUUGACGUUUUCAACAUUGUAAAAAACUCUUCGAAUCACGCAAACUUCGACUUCAUUCGAGUCUUCCAAUGGAACCAACGAUCAAAGCUCAUAGAGACGGGACCGACUCCACGAUGGCAUGGCGGUGGGUACUGCGUCCCGGUGGGAAAGCUAGACGCAUGUCGUCGGAAGCUGCGCGUGCUCGUCGCUUCCGAGUAUCGUCCCUACAUUCAAUAUCACUCGAACCGACAAGGAAACGAGAGGUUUUCCGGCUGGGCUGUCGACGUGUUUAAGUAUGUGAUAAAGGGAUGCGUGGAGAACUAUGAGUUGGAGAGGCAUAAUGGCACGUGGAUAAAGAUGCUUACAUCACUCAUUCAACAAAACAGCACAUACGACAUGGCAAUAGCCCCCCUUCCAUUCUAUAUCCUAAACUUAACACAUUUUGGUGUCACUUUUACAAAAAAUAUUGGCACGUUUACGAUUCGAGCUCUCGUCACUCAAAGGAAAGAUCCGUUUCAAGGAUUCGAUCGGGUUCUUGAUCCUUUCUCGAUCGUCGUUUGGAUAUGCAUUUUCGUCUUUUUCGUCUUAGCCGGCAUCGUUAUAUAUCUCCUAGAAAGGAAGAGAGACGAGUUCCCGGAGGGGGCCCCCGGGUUGUGGGAUUCCAUAUUUUACUCUUUCUCGACUCUUAGCUACACACAAGAUCUCGAUGCCGCAAUAACGCUGCCUGGGCGCGUUUUCGUUCUCGUCAUUUGUUUUGCGGUUCUUAUUCUUACGUCGUGCUUCACGGCUAAUCUCACGGUUUCUAUCCUACAGACGAACAAUCAGGCAUUCACAACGUUCGAAGAACUGAAACAACAGAAGGUUGGCGUCCUAUCCGUACAUGCGUUAGGCAGCUACUUGACGGGAAAGACUGGAUUUUCCUUUACGUUCAAUGAAACAAAUAUUAUUAGUUUUCCAGACACAACUCAAGUUGACGCUGCACUACGCAACGGCACCAUUUCAGCGUUCCUCGACGACGAGGGUGUCGUGAGUGUACUGCAAAGCGAAGACGCAUCUUGUCAGCUUGCCACGGUAAAAGCCACGCUGAAAGACGUUCAUGUCGGAUUCGCUUUACGAAGCACCGCCCUUAGUGAGAUUCACAAAGAUCUGAUAAACUUUUUUGACUCACGAAUUUUAACAGCUUGGGACGAUGGUUACUUCGAAGAGCUGGAGGAGCGUUACUUUCCGGUAGGAAGACAACACAUCAACUGUCAAGAGGGCAGUCUCAGUGGUAACAAUAGAGCACUUAAUCUAUUGGAUAUGGCAAUGCCGGACUGA